UCAACGGGGUUUACCUGGUUAAAUAAAGGAAUAUAAAUAUAAAAAAUAUAAACCUUAGUGCAAACAGCCAAACAGCAUAAUUAUUAACUAUUAACAUAAUUUUAUCCCUCUACAAUAUCCUUUCACAUCACAAAUUCUCUUUGAAGGUGAAACAGAUCCAUCCAAUAUAACAAUAGGAUUUAUGAGUUCUCUAUCUGGAAUAAAAAGCCAUUGCUACCAACCUCAAACGUGUCUACCUGUUGAAGUGUAUUGAAAUGAAUGGGCAAUAUUUUAAGCAGUACAUUUCACUAUUCCAUUACUAAUUUGCAUUUGUUUCACAUUUGUCAAGAGCUCUGCAACACGCUCCAUAAACAAAACAUCACAGUCAGCUUGGAAAUAAUUUACAAUUCUACUGAAAACUGAUUAACCGUCGAUACAGUUGCUUAUUACAUGUCUGUGGUACAUAGAAAGACAACCAGACACAGAGUUCAGAGAUCAAGAGAAACUCUGGGUCUAGACCAAACCCGUUGACAUGUUGAAUGAAAAAUGUGGCCAGAAAGCGCUUCCACCUGAGGUGGAGGAGAGAGGACACUGGGGGAGCAAGGUGGAGUUUCUGCUGGCCGUGGCUGGAAAUGUUGUCGGCUUCGGCAACGUCUGGAGGUUUCCUUACCUCUGCUACAAAAACGGAGGGGGUGCAUUCUUGGUGCCAUAUCUGGUUUUUGUGGUGACCUGUGGCGUACCUCUGUUCCUGCUGGAAACAACCAUGGGCCAGUACACACAGGAGGGUGGCAUCACCUGCUGGAGGAAGCUGUGUCCGCUUGCAGAAGGUAUAGGCUUUGGAGGGCAGCUGAUCCUCUUCUACAGCUGCAUGACGUACAUCAUUAUUCUGUCCUGGGGUUUGCUCUAUUUGGUCUUCUCCUUCAGCUCCCAGCUCCCCUGGGCCAGUUGUGACAACUACUGGAACACAGAGGACUGUGUGGACUUUUCAACAAACAGCACCUUGCAGUGGACCAACAGGACUAAUUCCACCUCAGCGGCCACAGAAUUCUGGGAACGGCGUGUCCUGGCUAUCUCAGGGGGAAUUGAGGAGGUGGGCAGCAUCAGGUGGGAGGUGCUGUUGUGCUUGAUUGUAAUGUGGAUCAUUUGCUACUUCUGCAUUUGGAAAGGAGUCAAGUCCACAGGAAAGGUGGUGUACUUCACUGCCACCUUCCCAUAUGUCAUGUUGUUAAUCCUUUUGAUUCGAGGACUAACUCUUCCCGGCGCCCUUGAAGGAGUCGUUUUUUAUCUUCUUCCUGAACCGUCCCGACUCACCGACCCUCAGGUGUGGAUGGAGGCCGGCGCGCAGAUCUUCUUCUCCUACAGUGUUGGGGUGGGCUCUCUAACUGUGCUGGGCAGCUACAACAAACACAAUAACAACUGCUACAGGGACUGCCUGUGGCUGUGUUUCCUGAACAGUGCUACCAGUGUGGUAGCUGGGUUCGCCGUGUUCUCUGUGCUGGGUUUCAUGGCUCAUCAGCAAGGCAUUCCCAUUGCAGAGGUGGCCGAGUCAGGUCCAGGCCUGGCAUUCAUCGCAUACCCUCAGGCGGUGGCCAUGAUGCCUCUGCCCCAGCUCUGGUCCAUCUGCUUCUUUGUCAUGCUCAUCCUCUUGGGUCUGGACACAGAAUUUGUCUCCAUGGAGGUGGUGAUGGCGUCCAUCAUUGAUAUGUUUCCCAGAGUUAUGCGACGGGCAGGACGCCGGGAGAGCUUCCUCCUGCUCUUCUGUCUGAUUUGCUUCUUCUCUCAACUCGUCAUGAUUACCGAAGGAGGGAUGUUUGUGUUCCAGCUGUUUGACUACUAUGCAUGUAAUGGAGCCUGCAUCCUCUUCCUCUGUGUGUUUGAAACUCUGUCGAUGGGCUGGGUGUUUGGGGCCGAUCGGUUGUAUGGCAUCAUCGAGGAUAUGACAGGGGUGAAGGCCAAUCCUUUCUUCAAAAUCUGCUGGCUUUACCUCACGCCACUGGUCUCACUGGGAUCUUUCAUAUGUUCCUUAGUCAAGUAUCAGCCUCUGACCUUUAAUCGCUGGUAUGUCUACCCAUCCUGGGCUUACGUGUUGGGCUGGGUGCUGGCUCUCUCCUCCAUCCUGCUUGUACCUGGGUGGGCACUUUAUAAGAUGAUGACCGCCAGCGGCACACCUAGACAGCGCCUCCAGUACUUGUGCCAACCUGCUCUAAGUGACUCACCAACUCAAAUAAGAGGAGCUGAGCUGCAAAACAAGGGUGUUGACCUGAUGCAGCCAUUCAUGGUCAACUGACAGCAGAUGUACAAACUGAUGUACCUGGAACUCCUUAAAAUUACAAUUUAACAUGUUAACCAGCCUCACCUGUUGCUCUCCUGUUGCUCUCCUGUUGCUCUCCUGUGACGUACAACAGCCACAAAUGAAAUGCACUUCGCACCAUCACCUUUAGAAAUAACUCACGUUUUAACAGCACCGCCUCAAACGUGUUCAAAGUAACUCAGAGUUUGUUUGUUUUGUACAUUCUUCAGUUCUGCUCUUUAUGAGAUUUCAUUCUGAACUUUCUUUGCAGAUAAUAUUAAUCUCCUGUGUUCAGUAUUUAACUUAUUCGGUUAUCUGUUUUUCUUUCGUGACUCAGAAACACAGCUUAGUCAAUGACAUGACUGGAAAGAGUACAAAGAUGAUGUACUCAAGUAAGAGUACAGUUACUCUUACUUGAUCAAAUUUGACCUAAUUACAAGUUACCAGUGUAAAAUGUUACUCAAAUAAAAAUAAACAGUACCAAAUUAAAAUUUUACUUUAAGUAAAAGUUACCUUGUUUCUUUUUUAUGAGCAGAAGAACGUUUCACUUAUGUAUUUUACAGAGGAAAAAAGGAGAUAUUGGUAUACUUUUGAUUGAAGGAGCAGCUUUAUAAAGAAAAAUGCAACAUAAAAUUCAAUAUGUAAUAUUUCUCUCUGAGAUAUGCAAUAGAAAAACAUGCCGUCUCAUGUUGCUGUCAAUGUACAGUAUAUCUCAUAGAGAUAUAUUACAUUGCUUUUUUCACAGAGGCACCUCCGUCUUCCAAUUGAUGCAACAACGAAGGGAUCUGAUUACUAACCCACAGAAGGAUCAGUGCUGUUUUAUUUGGUAUUUUUUAUUUAUUUGAUAUUUUUUUACUCUU